UACUGUCCUGUGUAGCUCAUCUGUAUCCCUGAUGAUGGACGGACAUCACAUGACUGAGAGGAUAUUACACCUGACCCUGGAGAUCAUCUACCUGCUGACUGGGGAGGAUCAUACAUUAAUAAAUAAUGCAUCUGGUGAACCCGUGACACCCAGAAGCCGUCCCCGUGUGUCAGGAGGACUGAGCAGGUCCCAGAUCCCCAUCCUGGUGCCUCCACCUCAUUCACUGAUACAUGGAAAACACAAUGACCAGAAGAUCCUGGAACUCACCAACAAGAUCAUUCAGCUGCUGACUGGAGAGGUUCCUAUAAGGUGUGAGGAUGUCACUGUCUAUUUCUCCAUGGAGGAGUGGGAGUAUAUAGAGGAACACAGGGGCCUGUACAAGGACAUGAUGGAGAAUCACCGGCCCCUCACAUCACUGGAUGGGGCCAGUAACAGGAAUACCCCAGAGAGAUGUCCCCGUCCUCUUUAUUCCCAGGAUCAUACAGAGGAGAAUCACAGUAUCUAUAUAGAGGGGGAUCAGAGGAAAGAUCUGAUUAUUAAAGUAGAAGAUAUAAAAGAGGAAGAGGAGACGUAUGUGAGAGGUGAUCAGCAGUGUAAGGAGGAGGAAAUCCCUACAGGUAUCAGCACAGCAGAUGGACACAACAGCAGGAAUAAUUCGGGGACACGUCUCAUAGUAUCUCGUAGCUUCUCGCAAGAUUCUCCAGAUGAAAGCCCCUUUACCCCACAUAUACAUCCAGCAUUUCACGGUGCAAAUAUAUCAUCUGUUCAUUCUAAUCAUGAAGAAUGCUCCCCUGAUAAUGUUAUUAUUUUUACACACAGUUUAGAUCAUACAGAUGAUGAACCAUUUUCAUGUUCUGAAUGUGGGAAAUGUUUUACAAAGCAGUUAAGUCUUUCUAUACAUCAGAAGAGAGUUCACACAUCUGAGAGGCCUUUUCUGUGUUUUAUAUGUGGGAAAGGUUUUAAGCUGAAAGGAGAUCUUAAUAGACAUACAAAGAUUCACACAGGUGAGAAGCCAUUUUCCUGUUCUGAAUGUGGGAAAUGUUUUGCACGUCAGGGAACACUUGAUGCACAUAAGAGAACUCACACAGGUGAAAGGCCAUUUUCAUGCUCUGAAUGUGGAAAAUGUUUUACACAGAGAGGAGUACGUGAUGAACAUCAGAGAACUCACACGGGUGAGAGGCCAUUUCUGUGUCCUGAAUGUGGGAAAUGUUUUACACAGAAAAGAAAUCUUGAUAUACAUAAGAGAACUCACACAGCUGAGAUGCCAUUUUCAUGUUCUGAAUGUGGGAAGUGUUUUAAACAUAAAUCGACUCUUUUUAGUCAUCAGAAACUUCACACAGGAGGGAAAAACAAUGUAUAUGAGUGUCUAGAAAUAUAGAAAUGACAGCAGCAUUUGCAAUACUAUAAUUUUAUUUAUAAAUUUCAUAACAAGCAUAAUGACAAUCUUAGCCUAGAUUGCUGUCCCUGCUUAAUGAGGGGUAAAUUACAUUUGCUUGUACACACUAUAUACUAAUAUAUAACAAUUAAAUUAAAAUCCAGACCUAGCUUUAAUGAAUGUCACCAACAUAAGGCUGCAACAGAUUCCCCAUGUAAAUGGGCGUAUAAUGGGAUCUGUAACCUCUGACAUUACCUCACUUGGCUGUAAGUGACGGUGUGAGGUGGGGUGUGUAAUGGAACCUGUAACCUGAUGUUAUCUUACUUGGCUGUAAGUGACGGUGUGAGGUGAGGCGUGUAAUGGGAUCUGUAACCUCUGACAUUAUCUCACUUGGCUUUAAGUGACGAUGUGAGGUGGGGCGUGUAAUGGGAUCUGUAACCUCUGACGUUAUCUCACUUGGCUGUAAGUGACGGUGUGAGGUGGGGCGUGUAAUGGGAUCUGUAACCUCUGACGUUAUCUCACUUGGCUGUAAGUGACGGUGUGAGGUGGGGCGUGUAAUGGAACCUGUAACGUAUGAUGUUAUCUCACUUGGCUGUAAGUGACGGUGUGAGGUGGGGCAUGUAAUGGGAUCUGUAACCUCUGAUGUUAUCUCACUUGGCUGUAAGUGACGGUGUGAGGUGGGGCGUGUAAUGGGAUCUGUAACCUCUGAUGUUAUCUCACUUGGCUGUAAGUGAUGGUGUGAGGUGGGGCAUGUAAUGGGAUCUGUAACCUCUGACAUUACCUCACUUGGCUGUAAGUGACGAUGUGAGGUGGGGCGUGUAAUGGGAUCUGUAACCUCUGACAUUACCUCACUUGGCUGUAAGUGACGGUGUGAGGUGGGGCAUGUAAUGGGAUCUGUAACCUCUGACGUUAUCUCACUUGGCUGUAAGUGACGGUGUGAGGUGAGGCGUGUAAUGGGAUCUGUAACCUCUGAUGUUACCUCACUUGGCUGUAAGUGAUGGUGUGAGGUGGGGCGUGUAAUGGGACCUGUAACCUCUGAUGUUAUCUCACUUGGCUGUAAGUGACGGUGUGAGGUGGGGCGUGUAAUGGGAUCUGUAACCUCUGAUGUUAUCUCACUUGGCUGUAAGUGACGGUGUGAGGUGGGGCGUGUAAUGGGAUCUGUAACCUCUGAUAUUAUCUCACUUGGCUGUAAGUGACGGUGUGAGGUGGGGCGUGUAAUGGGAUCUGUAACCUCUGACGUUAUCUCACUUGGCUGUAAGUGACAGUGUGAGGUGAGGCGUGUAAUGGGAUCUGUAACCUCUGAUGUUAUCUCACUUGGCUGUAAGUGAUGGUGUGAGGUGGGGCGUGUAAUGGGAUCUGUAACCUCUGAUGUUAUCUCACUUGGCUGUAAGUGACGGUGUGAGGUGAGGCGUGUAAUGGGAUCUGUAACCUCUGAUGUUAUCUCACUUGGCUGUAAGUGACUGUGCGAGGUGGGGCGUAUAAUGGGAUCUGUAACCUCUGACGUUAUCUCACUUGGCUGUAAGUGACGGUGUGAGGUGGGGCGUGUAAUGGGAUCUGUAACCUCUGAUGUUAUCUCACUUGGCUGUAAGUGACGAUGUGAGGUGGGGCGUAUAAUGGGAUCUGUAACCUCUGAUGUUACCUCACUUGGCUGUAAGUGACUGUGUGAGGUGAGGCAUGUAAUGGGAUCUGUAACCUCUGAUAUUAUCUCACUUGGCUGUAAGUGACGGUGUGAGGUGGGGCGUGUAAUGGGAUCUGUAACCUCUGAUGUUAUCUCACUUGGCUGUAAGUGACGGUGUGAGGUGGGGCGUGUAAUGGGAUCUGUAACCUCUGAUAUUAUCUCACUUGGCUGUAAGUGACGGUGUGAGGUGGGGCGUGUAAUGGGAUCUGUAACCUCUGACGUUAUCUCACUUGGCUGUAAGUGACGGUGUGAGGUGAGGCGUGUAAUGGGAUCUGUAAUCUCUGAUGUUAUCUCACUUGGCUGUAAGUGAUGGUGUGAGGUGGGGCGUGUAAUGGGAUCUGUAACCUCUGAUGUUAUCUCACUUGGCUGUAAGUGACGGUGUGAGGUGAGGCGUGUAAUGGGAUCUGUAACCUCUGAUGUUAUCUCACUUGGCUGUAAGUGACUGUGCGAGGUGGGGCGUAUAAUGGGAUCUGUAACCUCUGACGUUAUCUCACUUGGCUGUAAGUGACGGUGUGAGGUGGAGCGUGUAAUGGGAUCUGUAACCUCUGAUGUUAUCUCACUUGGCUGUAAGUGACGAUGUGAGGUGGGGUGUAUAAUGGGAUCUGUAACCUCUGAUGUUACCUCACUUGGCUGUAAGUGUCUGUGUGAGGUGAGGCAUGUAAUGGGAUCUGUAACCUCUGAUGUUAUCUCACUUGGCUGUAAGUGACGGUGUGAGGUGGGGUGUGUAAUGGGAUCUGUAACCUCUGAUGUUACCUCACUUGGCUGUAAGUGAUGGUGUGAGGUGGGGCGUGUAAUGGGAUCUGUAACCUCUGACGUUAUCUCACUUGGCUGUAAGUGAUGGUGUGAGGUGGGGCGUGUAAUGGGAUCUGUAACCUCUGACGUUAUCUCACUUGGCUGUAAGUGACUGUGAGGUGGGGCGUGUAAUGGGAUCUGUAACCUCUGACGUUAUCUCACUUGGCUGUAAGUGAUGGUGUGAGGUGGGGCGUGUAAUGGGAUCUGUAACCUCUGAUGUUACCUCACUUGGCUGUAAGUGAUGGUGUGAGGUGGGGCGUGUAAUGGGAUCUGUAACCUCUGACGUUAUCUCACUUGGCUGUAAGUGACUGUGUGAGGUGAGGCAUGUAAUGGGAUCUGUAACCUCUGAUGUUAUCUCACUUGGCUGUAAGUGACGGUGUGAGGUGGGGUGUGUAAUGGGAUCUGUAACCUCUGAUGUUACCUCACUUGGCUGUAAGUGACGGUGUGAGGUGGGGUGUGUAAUGGGAUCUGUAACCUCUGAUGUUAUCUCACUUGGCUGUAAGUGACGGUGUGAGGUGGGACGUGUAAUGGGAUCUGUAACCUCUGAUGUUAUCUCACUUGGCUGUAAGUGACGGUGUGAGGUGGGGCGUGUAAUGGGAUCUGUAACCUCUGAUGUUAUCUCACUUGGCUGUAAGUGACGGUGUGAGGUGGGGCGUGUAAUGGGAUCUGUAACCUCUGACGUUAUCUCACUUGGCUAUAAGUGACGGUGUGAGGUGGGGCGUGUAAUGGGAUCUGUAACCUCUGACGUUAUCUCACUUGGCUGUAAGUGAUGGUGUGAGGUGGGGCGUGUAAUGGGAUCUGUAACCUCUGACGUUAUCUCACUUGGCUAUAAGUGACGGUGUGAGGUGGGGCGUGUAAUGGGAUCUGUAACCUCUGACGUUAUCUCACUUGGCUGUAAGUGACGGUGUGAGGUGGGUCGUGUAAUGGGACCUGUAACCUCUGAUGUUAUCUCACUUGGCUGUAAGUGACGGUGUGAGGUGAGGCGUGUAAUGGGAUCUAUAACCUCUGAUGUUAUCUCACUUGGCUGUAAGUGAUGGUGUGAGGUGGGGCGUGUAAUGGGAUCUGUAACCUCUGAUGUUAUCUCACUUGGCUGUAAGUGACGGUGUGAGGUGGGACGUGUAAUGGGAUCUGUAACCUCUGAUGUUAUCUCACUUGGCUGUAAGUGACGGUGUGAGGUGGGGCGUGUAAUGGGAUCUCUAACCUCUGACGUUAUCUCACUUGGCUGUAAGUGACUGUGUGAGGUGGGGCGUGUAAUGGGAUCUGUAACCUCUGAUGUUAUCUCACUUGGCUGUAAGUGACGGUGUGAGGUGGGACGUGUAAUGGGAUCUGUAACCUCUGAUGUUAUCUCACUUGGCUGUAAGUGACGGUGUGAGGUGGGGCGUGUAAUGGGAUCUGUAACCUCUGACGUUAUCUCACUUGGCUGUAAGUGACUGUGUGAGGUGGGGCGUGUAAUGGGAUCUGUAACCUCUGACGUUAUCUCACUUGGCUGUAAGUGAUGGUGUGAGGUGGGGCGUGUAAUGGGAUCUGUAACCUCUGAUGUUAUCUCACUUGGCUGUAAGUGACGGUGUGAGGUGGGACGUGUAAUGGGAUCUGUAACCUCUGACGUUAUCUCCCUUGGCUGUAAGUGAUGGUGUGAGGUGGGGCGUGUAAUGGGAUCUGUAACCUCUGACGUUAUCUCACUUUGCUGUAAGUGACGAUGUGAGGUGGGGCGUGUAAUGGGAUCUGUAACCUCUGAUGUUAUCUCACUUGGCUGUAAGUGACGGUGUGAGGUGGGGCGUGUAAUGGGAUCUGUAACCUCUGACGUUAUCUCACUUGGCUGUAAGUGACGGUGUGAGGUGGGGCGUGUAAUGGGAUCUGUAACCUCUGAUGUUAUCUCACUUGGCUGUAAGUGACGGUGUGAGGUGGGGCGUGUAAUGGGAUCUGUAACCUCUGAUGUUAUCUCACUUGGCUGUAAGUGACGGUGUGAGGUGGGGCGUGUAAUGGGAUCUGUAACCUCUGACGUUAUCUCACUUGGCUGUAAGUGAUGGUGUGAGGUGGGGCGUGUAAUGGGAUCUGUAACCUCUGACGUGAUCUCACUUGGCUGUAAGUGACGGUGUGAUGUGGGGCGUGUAAUGGGAUCUGUAACCUCUGAUGUUAUCUCACUUGGCUGUAAGUGACGGUGUGAGGUGGGGCGUGUAAUGGGAUCUGUAACCUCUGACGUUAUCUCACUUGGCUGUAAGUGAUGGUGUGAGGUGGGGCGUGUAAUGGGAUCUGUAACCUCUGACGUUAUCUCACUUGGCUGUAAGUGACGGUGUGAGGUGGGGCGUGUAAUGGGAUCUGUAACCUCUGACGUUAUCUCACUUGGCUGUAAGUGAUGGUGUGAGGUGGGGCGUGUAAUGGGAUCUGUAACCUCUGACGUUAUCUCACUUGGCUGUAAGUGACGGUGUGAUGUGGGGCGUGUAAUGGGAUCUGUAACCUCUGAUGUUAUCUCACUUGGCUGUAAGUGACUGUGUGAGGUGGGGCGUGUAAUGGGAUCUGUAACCUCUGACGUUAUCUCACUUGGCUGUAAGUGAUGGUGUGAGGUGGGGCGUGUAAUGGGAUCUGUAACCUCUGAUGUUAUCUCACUUGGCUGUAAGUGACGGUGUGAGGUGGGGCGUGUAAUGGGAUCUGUAACCUCUGACGUUAUCUCACUUGGCUGUAAGUGAUGGUGUGAGGUGGGGCGUGUAAUGGGAUCUGUAACCUCUGACGUUAUCUCA